AGCAAGAAGGGAACCGUGGUGCGGUCGCCCGGAAGGAGUCGUGCUGCCGCCCCGACAGGCUCGCGCUGUGUCAGCCAUAGAACGCGCAGGGGCGGGCUCACUUGGAGGAUCCGCACCUUUUAUUGGUUGUAACCAGACUGUUGUAUAAUAAACGUACACAUUCGGACACAUUGUCUGAAAUUGCGCAAAUCGAGAUAAUGGAGGCGGAUUUGGAUCUAACGUGGCUACCCAGGGCACAACAAGCAGUGUAGCUCACGUCGUCGUCGUCGGGAGGGAGACUUGGUGUUACCCACCAUCUCACUCUCCAGGAAGAAAGGGAAAAAAAGAUCUUCUGAACGAUAUUUGCCAAGAAAGACGGACGCCAUCGGCAAGGAGGUCAGUCGCUUUCGUGUACCGACAAAGAAAGUCGACAUGUAGCCGCCGUCUUUGGAAGUGAUUACUGAAACACGCGCCAUGUAGCCGAGACGCCACCGAGGGAUUUGGUGGAGAAGCACGGGUGAGCAGCACGGAGCAUUGAUCUGCCAGUCAGGACAACAGAAGUUUAACACCAGGUUUCUAUGCAGAUGUAACAACGUCAUCCUGGAUACUCCUCGUCCAUGUGAGCCCAAGAAAAGGAUUGGGCAAAAUAAGCUAUAGCUUCCAAUCCUAGCAGAGAAUGGCUCAUGGGUGGGAUGCAUACUUCCAUAACCUUCCACCUCUAUCAUCUGAACCAAGCACAUUAACAAGGACAUCAGAGUCACAGGGAAGUCUUCCCCUCCAUAUAGAGAACUUCAUUGGACAGCAUGACUUUCCCAGCACAGAGGCUUCACAUGAAGCCUCUGCAGCCAACUCAAAUUUCAACACAAACUAUUACUCAAAUCCCAGUAUAGAAAAUCCCAGUUCAGACUGCCUUUAUCCAAGAUACGACAACGAAACCCCAUGGCAAGCUGAUGGAGAACAAAUAGGAAAAGAUAACUUGCCAAGAUGCGGAAGUAAUGAAAUCACUGAUUUUGCAACAGAUGGAUUAUCGACAUUGGGAUCUUUUCCUUCAUCUUUUGCCACGGAUUUACAAGAACUUAAGCAAGACUGUGGAAUGUUAGCUACUUCAUUUCUUGAGGACUACUCGGAUGUCAGUAGUUGCUCCGAUGCAGAUGUGGGUGAAACGAGGCCCUCUUGUAAAUUUAUGGCAGGCAAAUCAGUUCCAAAAUCUAAAACUGAUGUUACUACAAAACCCAGCUCAUCAGAAUGGCUUUUCACUGAUAGUGGUAAUAUGAUGGUUCCGACUGCGAGUUGUCCUAAUAUGUCAGAGACUAAUGUAGCUUUGCCAAGUACUUCAAAUGUGAUGGCAGGAGAAAACAUAGUUAAAGACCAGAUUGAAUGUCCAGCUAAAACUGUCAAAUCUUACAGGGGACACAACCAGGCCCUAACUACUUCAAACAUGGUAAAAACUACAGGGAGCAAGACUGUUCAGGAGAGUGAGGAUAAUGGUGGUUGUACAGAUCGGAAACAAAAAGAGGAUGUGGAGAAAGAUCUCAUUCAAGGAAGGAAUUCACACAUCUCAAUAAGUGGCAAUGAAAAGUUGACUGAUGAUGGAAUACAGUACCCGGACAGUAAUGAAGAAAAAAAGCAGAUUGCUAUAGUUGUGCCAAAUAGCAUGACUACAUUGAACAAUGCCCAAGAUCUUUCAGGCGAAGAAGUCCUAAGAAAGGAAAUUGAGGAAUCAUUCAACCAAAAGAAUGGUAAUCCCAACGCCACAAAAGAUCAAGAUGGUAAUAUGCAAGAAGACAAGCAGGAUACAAGUAAAGUCCUAAAAAGAGAAGGAAGAGAAUUAAGUUCAUUAAGAAAAGAGACUUUUGCUGAGCAGACAUCCCCAAAUGCCAACUCCAAUGAUGGUCGAAAUGACAUUAUGGAGACCAACGGUCAGAAGAAAGAAACAGAUCAACAGUGUAUCAAGUUGUCUGAUUCUACAGAUGCCACUGAACGGGGAGAAUGCACAAGUACCUUGAAAAGUAACAAUCGGGAUGUUGAAUCCUGUUUGCAUUUACCUGUGCACCAGAUUUACAAAUGUUUGUCGAAGAACAAUAUUUGUUUACGCCCUGCUGUGAUGAGUGAUGGUCAUUCAAGCAAUGCCAGUGAUAAGAAUGGGCAAUGUGUUGGAAAUAAUUUAGAUACCUGCUUACAGUCAACUAGCUCCAGCACAAAUGUAAACCACUGUCUAGAAAAAGAAAGGACCAGUUCAAAGGAAAAUAUAAAUACCAAUUCUCCAGAUCCAGAUGUUGGUGUCCCUGGUUUCACUAGUCUUCCUAUUGAUACUAGUGACAAGAAAAGGCAAGGUGUUGCUAAUAAUGUAGAAACCUGCUUACAGCCAAACCACUUGAGCACCGACACAUAUCCCGGUCUAGAAAUGGAAUGGACCAGUUCAGCUGAGAAUAUAAAUACCAAUUCUCCAGAUCCAGAUCUUUGUGUCCCUGGUUUCACUAGUCUUCCUAUUGAUACUAGUGACAAGAAAAGGCAAGGUGUUGCUAAUAAUGUAGAAACCUGCUUACAGCCAAACCACUUGAGCACCGACACAUAUCCCGGUCUAGAAAUGGAAUGGACAAGCACCCCAGAAAAGAGAACCCCAACCUCCUCAGCACCAGAUUGCAGUGAUACUGCUCUGAUUGGUGACAGUAAAGAGCAAAGGGUUUCUAAUGGUUUACCAUCUUGUUCACAGUCAAACACCUUAAGCACAGGAACAACUACCUGUGUAGAAAGGGAAUUGACAAGUCCAGCAGACAAUACAAAUGUAACCUCUUGUCCAGAUCAGCAACAGCCACAACAUCAAAGUCCAGUGGAACUAGAACAAGGAAGUCUGAAUGCAGAUGUUACUGAAAAUGCAGCAGAAUUGUUUAAAGAAUCUGCAGAGGAGUCGUCCUUGUCUGGCAUCCUCUAUGGUGAACCACUGUCGAGAGAAGAUUCUUCAUCUGAUACUGAUGAAAUACAACUUGACAAAAGUCCCUAUAAAGACACUUCUGUGGCUAAACCUGAUAGUAACGGCAUGAACUAUCCAGAACGACAAGCACCUCAACUCAAAUCCUCUAUACAAAUGAGAAAACAACUGCAACCUGUUGUAAUAUUGAAGACACCAGAGUCAGUAAAUGAAGCGAGUAACACUUAUCAUUGCGCCAAUUGCCAACACACAACUCACAAUGUAGAUCAUCUAAUUGAACACCACCAUUGUUGCCAUUCAAUGCAAAACUUCCAGUUUUGCAUGGCUUGUAAUGUCUACCUGAUGACGGAUGAACAAUCACAGAAACAUGUGUGUUGUGUGACCAAAGAUGGCCCUCAACUCUCUUCUGACUCCAGCCGACCGAAGAAAAAGAAACGCUUUGGCAAGCACAGGUGCGUUAAAUGCAAACUCAUAUUUUCAAAACUAACUCACUAUGUCACGCAUAUACGAUCUCACACUGGCAAAACACCCUAUAAGUGCAAUGUCUGUGGAUCAUACUUUGCACAGUCUAGUAGCAUGCGAAGGCACAAGCAGAUACCUGGCAGAUGCAAGGGAUCAAAACUUCAAGUUACAAAUUCUGACGCUAAUUCUGAUAUCAAAGAAACUAAAACACCACUACAAAAAGACCAUGUACAGAACAAAUCAUAUCCAAAUCUACCUGAAUGUUACGUAAAGCUCGUCGACAUCUCUAAAACUCAUCUGUGUAGUUUAUGUGGUAAAAACUUCUCAACUUUGGACAAGGUCAAAAAGCACGUCUACAAUGUACACAAGGGGAAAGGUCUGGCAGUUUCAUCGAGUCAGUGUACCACAAAACACAGUGGUGAGAAAACCCCAAAAGUGGAGAGUGGGGCGAGAGGAAUAUACAAAUGUCCUCUCUGUCCACGGCUUUUCAAGUAUUCCUACAACAGAGCUCGCCAUUUGCGUGACUGUGUACGAAACGCCAUAUGUAAUGGGAAGGAAAACAUUUGCGGUAAAUAUCGUUGUCCCUUGUGCCAUGUUACCUUCACUUUAUCAAGCAACCGAUACAGACAUAUUAAAGCGAUUUGCCUCCGAGAAUGUGUGAACCGGCUUGCUAAGGAGAGGGCAACAUCAAAGGAACAGGUUGAAACGAAAAAAACUAAGGAAAUUGAACUGAAAAAAGAGCCUAUGGAAAUGGAACAGAAAAAACAAACACCCCAAGCUUCAACAGCCCUCAAGGCUGUACCACGUUACAAAUGCACCCUUUGUCCAGCUGUUUUUUGUUACACUUCCGGAAAGUACAGACAUAUGAAGAAACAUGAGGCAUUUAAACUCACUGGUAAAAUGUUCAAGUACAGGAAUUCAGUUUUCUCCACCUUGCCUAAACCAGAGACUUUAAGUAGUACAAACACUGAAGAGACUAAGGAUAACUCAAAAUCAACUGAAACAACUGGCAGUCUUGCCCUGAGCUGUAAGUUUUGCGGAAGAUGUUUUGACACACCACAGUCUCUGAAGAAACAUGUUCGCAGUCACAAAGGCGAAAAACCGUACCUCUGUCUGGAAUGUGGCAAAGGAUUCAAAAAACGUGCUUAUCUCAUUGGUCAUAAAAGUGUUCACCAGAGGAGGAUACAGUGCACUGUCUGCAGAAAGAUUCUUCCGACUGUUGGCGAACUGAUUCAGCACAGAAGCUCCCAUCUUAAAAGGGGAAUGCUUCGAUGCCCAGACUGUGAUCUGCAGUUCCAGUAUCCUGCACAUCUCCUUAGACACUUAGACGCCCACAAAAAAAGAGAAAACAGGAAAAAUCGGCUUGGAGAAAGACCAUCAUUAAAACCACAGGAGUCCUCCUUGGAAUCUGUCAAAGAUCAGAGUGGACCAAAGCAGCUACAGUGCUCUCUAUGCAAAGAGGUAUUCAAUGACGCCCAAGUACUAAGAAAGCAUUGUCUCACGCAUAUAUCUGUGUCCUCGUCAAACCAAUGUCCGUUUUGCAAAGAUGAUUUCCCCAAUCGUCGCUAUUUGCUGCGCCACAUGAUCAAACAUACUGGAGACAAGCCCUUUUCCUGCACUAACUGUGGAAGACAGUUUUACCGUGACUUGUAUCUGAAACUUCACAUUGAGAAGUGUUUGCCUGCUCCAACCAGACAUCUGGUCCCAAUUGAGUCUGACGUUAAGAUGGGGCCACAUCUGUGUUUCUACUGUCCACGGGCAUUUUUUAAGAAGAAUCGCCUGAAAAAUCAUCACCGUGGCCACAAGGCAAACAGUCUGCUUCUAUGCUCAAGAUGUGGGCAGUACUUUGGAUUCACAAAAUUAAGUCAACAUCAAAGGAACUGCACAGAAACUUCAGAGCUCAACAAUGGCUUAUCUGUUAACGGCAAUGUCUGUAAUAGUAAUUCACAGACGAGCCCAGCUGUCUGCAUAAUGCCUCCAAAGUCCAAUGCAACCGAGCUGCUUCCCUUUAAAUGCACUCACUGUAAAAAGAGGUUCAGGUACAGAUCGUUAAUUUUGAGACAUCUUGUGUCACACACUGGUGUGAAACCCUAUGCAUGUAUGCACUGUAGACACAGAUAUGGAACUCGGACGAUGUGUUUGCAGCAUGAAGCUUUCUGUGAUGGCGUUUACAAGGAGGGGCCGUUGAAAGUCAAAGAUGCUGCUGCAACUCAAUUGUCAAAGAUGCCUACUCACAGUGAGGCAGCACAAACGCCUAAAGCAGACGAUAAAGCUGAGUUAAAAUGCAAAUUCUGCACCAAGACUUUCAUGAAAUCACGAAGCCUGAGACGUCACAUUUUGACACACAAUGAAGUGAAACCAUACCGCUGUAAAGCCUGUGACAGCUGCUAUUCAAGAUAUGAUCAUCUGAAAGUACAUCAGAUUCGCUGUAAAGGGAAAAAAACACGAUUGGAAGUGUGUAUUCCCAAAAUCAGUUUAGAAGAUCUGGGCAAGGGUUGGAAAAAUAGGAUUGGUAUGCUGGCAGCUGCUGAAAAGCAGGAGACCAUUGAGUGUAAAGUAUGUUCAAGAAGCUUCUCCACUCAGUCUAAACUUUCCCGACAUGUCACUAUGUUCCAUAUUACAAAAUUAUUCAAGUGCACACACUGUGGCUCGUCAUUCGCUCAUGAAAGAUCUCUGAAAAAGCACAGGAAGAUUAAGAAGUGCAGGACUCGCUCCAAAGAAAGAAAUGCUUUACUGCAACUGGAGGCUAAUCCACCAACAGAAAAUGUGACAAACCCGCUUAAAGUGAUGAGAAAUAGAAUAAUACAGCGUAUCCAGCCUUAUUUGAACAAAAAGUACAAAUACACAUGUAGUUAUUGCCCCCGUGCUUUUCAAAACACCUGGCAAUUGAGUGUGCACACCCGAUUGCACACAGGAGAGCGGCCAUAUGCCUGUGAUGAUUGUGGUCAGAGAUUUAUAAGGAAGGAUUACGUGAAGCGUCAUUCCGUAAGGUGCACCAAAAAAAGAUGCAUUGUAACACCGAGAUUAUCCAAGUCCACAGUUUGCCAAAGCCAACAGUCAACCAAUAGAAGCCCACCAAAAGGCUUUUCUUGUGCAUACUGUAGUUCCCGUUUCUUGCUAUUUUCACAGCUUCAAGAGCAUUUUUUAAAUGCACACAAGCUGGAAACAAAGGCUUCACCAAUAUCCUCUGCUCCCCUACAACACCAUCUGUCAAAUAUACCAAACAUCAAAAAAGAGCCUUUGGAUGAGAGUUGUGACAAACGGUGCGGUGAAGACGCUAAAUUGAUCAGUGAACUAGAUGCAGCUCCUGAUAGUAAGGUCCCCAAUCCAUUGUCCUGCCCAGUGUGCAAUGUGUCCUUUACAAACAAAGCUGGACUAAACGGUCAUCUGCGUGUGCACACAAUGGAGCUUCCUUUUAAUUGUAAAACAUGCAAGAGGGGCUUCUGGAAUAAAAAGCUUCUCCAUAAUCACAACAGGAAAUGUAGAUAUGGGUACAUUUCAGAGAAAAGUACAACCCAGCAGUUGGAAGUCCCUUUGAAAGCAGAGAUUGAUUUUGUGCUGAAUGACUCUGUUCUUGUGUUCAAAGAGGCGUCCGAAUCAAGUGGCACUGGCGUUUUGCAGACCAACUUCUCUUGCAAAGGUGACUUAAUGGACACAUCCACAGAUAAUUCAAAAGGAAAAUCGGUGCAGAGCAGCUCAAGUAACGAGAAGAAAGCUGUGCCGCAAUAUCAAUGUUCAGAAUGUGAUAAGAGCUUCACGGAUGGCUUGAUGCUUAUUAGUCACCUUGAAGAACAUGGAAGACAAGAACAAGCGAAAAAGCGCAUAGCUUGUAUUAAGUGUGGGUUUGAGUGUUCUAAUCGAGGACAUCUUGCAAGACACAUGAAGGUCCAUGCAACUAAUGAGAAACACUCUUGCCCAGAUUGCUCCACGGUUGUGAAGACCUUAUCUGAUCUUGAAAUCCACCGAACAUGUCAUGACCCAAAUAGGCCUUUCACUUGCAAACUGUGUAAUCACAAGUUUUGGACAAAUCCAUCUUUAUGUAAUCACUACAGAGAAACCCAUCCAGAUGAUGUGUUUAAUUGUCGUUUCUGUUACAAGACCUAUUCGGUCAAAAAAUCACUGGGAAGGCAUUACAGAAUGUCCCAUCAGCAAGAGCAGAGGAAUCCUGCGAGAACUGUAAAGGAAAAGAGCAUCGCUGAACAACAAUCCAGCAGUCGAGUCAGUACAGCUGCUGAAAGCCAUGAGGAUAAAAAUACCGGCAGUGAGGACAAUGACUCGGACUCUGCGCCAUACUUCCCGUGCCACGUGUGUGGAAAGACAUUCCCAACAUCAGAAAGUCUUGAGGACCAUCAGCGGUGUCACCUGGGUGACAAACCACAUGAAUGUGCAGAAUGUGGUCGAUGUUUUUUCCAAGCGUCCCAGUUGCAGCAGCAUCAACGAAUGCACAAGUCUGAAUUUCAGUGUCAGGCAUGCGGUCGGGGUUUCGUCUCGCUCUUUGCGCUACGUAAACACAAGCAUACUCAUGGAAAGAGCCGUCCCCACCGUUGUUCCAAGUGUGACUUCAGUUUCACAGGGCCGUUGCAGUUGGCAGAGCACAUGUUGUCCAUCCACCGUGAAGAGAACUUCCCAUGUGAUAUAUGCAAUCUUGUGUUUCUCUCCAAGAGUAGUAGAGUUGAGCAUCGGAAAAGCCACUCGAAGUCAAGUGACGGCCCCUCACCUCCAUUUUCAAGGACAGAACGUGAGAUGUCUGCUUCCCUCUCUGAAGGCUCAUCAGUAUCUCCUAAAGAACUGAAAUAUCGCUGCGGUGUUUGUGGGGAGCGUUUUCGAGACCCAGAGGAGCUCUCAGAGCAUGGUUGCAUAGAAGCCAAAGAGCGGCCAUACUCCUGCUCAGACUGCCGUCAACAUUUUCUGCAUGCAUCUCACCUGAAAAAGCAUAGGACCAGCCAUCACACGUCAUGGUCUAACAGUGACUAUCUGUGCAAUCAAUGCAACAACACCUUUUCCACCGCUCAGAGCUUCCUCUCCCACCUGAAGAGCCACAAUGAUACUGCAGCAGAAAUUAAACCCAACACUGAAGGUGCAGGUGGGGAUCGAUUCCACAAUUUAAUAUGUCCAGUUUGCCAUCAGUGUUUUGCCAGUGCAACUGAGUUGAUUUGUCAUUUCCCAACACAUUCUGAUGGUACCUUUGAGUGCAACAUUUGUAAAAAGACAUUUCCCUCGAAAAGUACGCUUGAGGAACACGAGCGACAUCAUGUGACAUCAGCUACGGAAUUUGAAUGCACCGAGUGUGGCCAGCGCUUUUGGGGAAAAGAUGCUUUCAAACAGCACCACUGUUCUCAUCAUAAGCGCGCAUCAAAAGAGGCUGAAUACUCUAAACCGUCAGCUAAGACAUCAACUCCAACUUAUUAUCAAGCAGGAGAGGAAGAGGAGAUUGACGUUACUGGAGAGGACUUGUACAAUUGCCAAGUUUGCUCAAUAAAGUUCUCCUCAAAGAGUGGUCUUUUGGAGCACCAAAAUCUACUGCACCGAAAUGAGAAGCUCUUCAAAUGUGAGCUUUGUGAGAAAACCUUUGCCAGGAGACGGUACCUCAGAGAGCACCAGCGAAGGCACAGUCAAAAAGCCACGGCUCAGUCAGUCGAAAACGAGUUCACGUGUACCCAAUGCCACACCAAACUCAAUACAGCACAAGAUCUUUCGCUGCAUAUGAGAUUGCAUGCUGAAAAAGAAGUUGGAGCGUUUCGCUGUGAUAUGUGCUACAAGUCAUUCAGCCAGUGGUCUCAUCUGAAGCAGCACCAAGAAAGCCAUGUCGGCCAAAUUGUAUAUGAAUGCACAGAAUGUGACAAAGCCUUCGCUUUUCCUCACCUACUGGAGGAACAUCAACAGACUCAUGCUGGGUCCUCUCGGUAAUGGUUGUUGAAUACCAUCUACUUUAUCCUCCUUUUGAAUAGCUAGCUAUAGUAACUUGAAAUCCCUUCCAUGCCUUACAUCUGACUGUACAGCCACUUGUUACCACAAUUUAGACCCAAUAUGUAUUUUUUAUCCUUGUGACUUACUAACAAAGAUCAUGUCUUUGACAGGACAUCUCCCUCUACGAUUAUAUUUAGUGUAUAUAUUUUUUGAUUUGUAUACAGUACAUGAGCCAGAUAAUUUCUUGACUGUUUGUAAAUCUAUGACAGACUUGUUUAAAGCUGUUUAACAUUGUGUGCUGAAUACAGACAAAGCAUGAUGCGAUAAGAUGUUUAUGGGAAAUCUUGGAUAAAGGCUGUAAUUGUUAUCGAACAUGAUACAUUUUUUUAUGUUUGAAAUAGCCUUUAGAUUUGUUGAUAAUAUGUACGUUACACUUCAGACUGGUCAUUUUAAUCUAUUGGCAUUUUCUAUGACUACCUGAACUAUAGAUAAUUUUGUAUUGUUCAGUUACAUUUCCUUGUAUUUAUAAUGGGUUGCAUUUUUAUUUUAUUUUUCAACCAAAUUUAUUGUACAUGAAUUCAAAAAUAUGUUCUAAUUGAAUAUUGUUUUCACAAAAACAACCCGAGAAUGUUACUUUCUUAAGAAAUUUGAGUUGAUGCAUUCAAUUAGGAGUAAAGUCAACUAGAAAAUAUA